GUGCUUGAAUUUGAAUAUUUGACUCAUCUUUCUUAAAUAGUGUUGGAUCAUGCAGUGAUAUGAGCAGAUCUACAACGGAAAGUAUCAAGUGAAAAAUGAAAGUUUUUGUGGUGCAUCUCUCUAUUUUCUUCAUAUCAGUCAUCAUAUUUAUUAUCUAUACACUCGGUGGUCUACGUUAUGUCUCAAAUCUCGAAGAGAACACGUGCGAUCUGACGUACAUGUUUGAGUACCCACAAUAUGUUAGAAUUGAAUUGGACGAUAAAGUUGAGAAACUCUACCCGAGAUAUGGCCUGUAUGCUUAUGGAGAAGGAUUUGUUACUGAUAAGUUGAGGAAAAAGCAAUUCACUGGGAUUCCCGUGUUGUUCAUCCCUGGGAAUGCUGGAUCACAUGAACAAGUCAGAUCGUUGGCCUCAGUGAGCCUCCGACUGGGCCUGAAACAAAGAACUUCGUAUCAUUUUGACUACUUUUCGGUAUCUUUGGCUGAAGGAUACUCUGCACUUUACGGAGGGGUGCUUGCAGAUCAAACUGCAUUCGUUGCUGAAAGCAUUCAACGAAUUUUGAAACUCUAUAAGAAGAAGACUGAGAAGAUUGUACUCAUUGGACAUUCAAUGGGAGGGAUUGUAGCAAAAGCAGCAUUAUUACAUAACAAUCCCGACAACAAAACGUUGGCCAGUCUUCUAAUCACACUGGCAACUCCUCACAUUCCUCGAAUUGCCUUCGACAAGACGACAUGUGACUUUUAUCAUGAAGUGAAUAAUCGUGCAAUGGAUCUGAAGAAGCUGGAAACCUCUAUUAUUUCCAUUGGAGGAGGUUCGAGAGACAUUGUGGUUACUACUGCUCAAAUGAUCGAUCCUCAUGCCGACCUUAGUCUCAUCGGCAGCGCAGUACCCGACUGCUGGAAGGCGCUUGAUCACCUGUCGAUUUUGUGGUGCAGACAAUUUGUCAUUCCACUCGUACGGGCACUUUUCGAUUCUGUUGAUAUUUCAGAGGGAAAUGCCAUCAUCUCCAAUGAUCAUGAUAAACGAUUGCAGGCCUUUAAUUAUCAUCUCACGAAUAGAUACGCAAAUAAAUAUUUGACUCAUUACCACGAGAAAGUAACGUUUCAUUCCCCUGGAGAAUGGAUUGAAAUUACGGAAGAACAGUAUACGUUCAGAGAACUCAACGAUAAAAACAAAAAAAAAUCAGAUUCAUCACAAAUUUACUUGAUGAUUCCAAUUGAUCAAAACUUCACUCAUCUCGGUAUCGAUGCAAUUGAUCUGGAAGUGCAAGACUGGCUCUUCACAUGUUCUGCUUCUCAUGAUCGAUUUAAAUCCUGCAAAUGGGGAUGGAACCUGACUAACCAAACGAGAGUUAUUCCAACGUUUAAAAGAGACCUGAAGAAAACUGUUGACUUAGAUCUGAAGUAUGUACGAUCAAAUGAGGAACUGACACAUAUUGUGGUGAGAAUACCCAAAACGACGUCAGAUUCAUCAACGAUCCACAUUGAUCUAUACUCUCUAGACGAUUCUAGCACAUCUAGAGGAGUAAUCAUCCCUGACACUAGCUUGAAUUGGAUUCCAAGGGGAGUUUCCACGAUCUCACCAGUUUCCAAAUCCUCACUUUUGAAAUUAACUGGAACAAAUACUCGACAUUAUGUUCAUUUAAGAGGAUUUAGCGACGUGCUUUCUGUCAAAUUGAAAAAACUUGAUGUGAAUACUCAUGACGAUAAUGAUAGAAAGUACGCCCAUGCUGUCAUUGAACUACUUGAGCCACAGAGUAAUUCCAAUUCGACGGUUAUCAAUCAAUUCCGUGUGUUAUCCAUCGGUGACAUCGGACGGAAAAACAUCUUUCGCAUUCAAACUUCAGCGACCCCAGUGCUGAGAUUCACUUUAGAACCUCAAUACUCCUACGAAUUCGAGAUUGCUCAAGGAGGGAUGAUCGAUCGCAUGGGCAUGUACGUGAGGGAUCGAUGGGAUCGAUUAUACCUCGUGUUGAUGAGUCUAUGUCUAUUGAUCAUCAGUACAAGAAUCGAUGAAGAAGCGAGUGGAACAAGAAUCAUGUACUUCAUAACGACCUUGGGGAUAAUCCUUCAGGAUUUAGUAGUGGAAUUCAGCGCAUCUUUAGGAUUUCUAUAUGUUUUGGCUCUAUCCACGUGCUUCACAGUGAUUUUCUCAGGAUCGUUGGUUCACAAUUUUGCUGCAAAAUUCUUAGCAAGAGCCAUUACACUCUUCCCUUUGUCCUGGUACAAUUGGCUCCUCAGUGAAGGAACUUAUGAACAUCUCCCCAUUCUGUCUAGCCUCCUGGUGAUGUCGUUAAUAUCCACAAGCUGUGGUGCAAUUGCAAUGUUGAUCUCAGUUAUUAUUUAUCUGCUUAAGUUGACUCGUAUGUACGAGGAGUAUCUGGAGGAAUUGUUAAUGUCUUCAUUCCAAAUCAUCACUAAGAAGUUUGACAAGUUCCUAAAGAGUCGAAAAUCCCGGAAAAGUAGUGAAGACAACAGUGAAGAUAUUAAUCCUAAGACGAACAUCCUGAAUCAUCUAAUAUUAUUCAUCACGUGGAGUCUUGCUGCCAUUCCCGCAGUUCCUUCGGUACUUGUAUGGGCUAAAAAUUUCAGUUACGAAUCGAGGCUUUCCACCGAAGAUCCAAUCAUGUUAUGGAGCUGGGUGGUGAUUACGGGCUGGGGAUCCUUGGGCCUCGUUAGAAUUCCAAAGAGACAUACGAACAAAUACAUAAACUUAAUUGGAGUGAAUCUCCAACGAAUUCUCGGCUGGUUGUUACUGCUGACUGCUGGAUCAAAGAACCCAGCUUUUUAUCAAUGGACGAUUCCCCCCAUCGUUGCACUAUCGAUAACGUGCAUCGUAAUAUUAUCGUUAUUAUCGCGUUUUGGAAGAGAAGAAGAUACUCAACAAGAACAAAUUGCAGAAAAUAAUGGAAUAAUUUCUGUUGUUAAUGGACAAACUAGUGUAUCCGGAGAUAACGAAAUUUCUUCGGAGAGUGACGAGGUCAAGGCGAAAGAAAAUUAGUAUUAGGUCUGAACUAACUGUGAUGAACUAAUUACCUUCAAUGCAGAUGAAUCUGCAUUUAAGUGGUAAUUAUGUAUCCAAUUGAGAACAAUGGUCUAUGACAAGAUGUUGAAAAAAAUUUUAUGUAGCCAUUCCAACUUUUGAUUUGGCCUCAUUAAUUUUCCAGAUGAUCAACAGAAUAGGACUAGAAUUAUCAUGUUUCAUCUAUGAGCUCCAUUUAGAAUGGUCUUCUGGGAACUUUUAAGUGAAAUUAAUUUGAUAUUUUAGAGAUCUAGAUAUUAAUUAGAUCGUUGUAUUAAUGAAUAUUCAACUAAAAGACUGUAAAGUAACGAGUGGAAUGGCUAUUGAUUAUUUUCAACUAAAAACGGUGAUGUUACAUGCGAAGGAUGUUGGGAACGAUUUUAAAAACUUGUUUGGCAUAAGAAUAGUUUGAGAAUUAUGUGAUUUCUUGUUCUGGUGGUACUUAAGAUCAAAACAUUUGAGUAUCAUUCGAUUAAGUUGAUGAAAAUUCUCAGAGAGAAUGAUCAUUUAUCAAAUUAGAUUUAAACCAUCAGCAGCGAAGUGAUAAAAACUAAUGCGUUACAUACGACGUUUCGGUGAAUACGUAAUCACCUUGAUAAUGAGUGAUCGUAGAGAAAAAUAUCGAAGGACCCACGUAUGAAAAAAUUCAAUAGG